GACGUUCCCUUUUUGGCUCGGAGCUGCCCCCCAGUUUCACCUCACCCCAUCACGUCGCCUGACCCAACCUGACUUCAGCUUGCCCAGACAUUCUAUCAGCCCUAGCCAUGACAGAACUUGAUGGAGAUCCCAACAUCCCCCUGGAGUCUGCCCGCAGAAACGCAGACAGCCUCGGAAUCAACUACGAUGCCCUCCCGACGAUGCCCUUCUGGGGCCCCUUGUUUGGGAAGACAUCCGACUACCUGAAGACAAGAGUCGCAGCCAAGGUCAUGACUUCCUCGGCCUCUGUUGGGAGAGAACUCACACAGUCUGAAAAGGAUGCCAUGUCACACCACUUUGCAAAACUGGUUAUUACCACCGCAUAUACGUCGCCACUUGCGGUAGCAGCAACAUUUGCAAUGGAGCGGACUACGCGUCCCACGUUUGGCUUCCCCUUCUACACCCCAAAGCCGCCAAAGUUCAACUCCCAAAAGUUUCCCGGCCUACCCGAAGGUAGAGCAUCGCAUUUAGCAUGGCAAGCAACGCGGGUAUUCGCGUGGUACGCUGCCAGCAAGAUUGUGAUCAGUCUUUUUGUGACUUCUUAUGCAAUAUCCGUGUACUCGGCCAAUUCGGGCACUGAUAACAGGCUUGAGGCCUAUCGGAGGGAGAUAGCCCGUCGUGCAGGCGCCGCAAUGAGAGGCGGGCGGCCGCCCAAUAUCCCGAAUCUGCCUCCCAUGCAACCGCAGCAGCAAUUUCCACAACAGAGCUGGCAAGAUCCAGCUCCAGCAACAGAAUCAGUCGGCUGGGCGAGCUCAGAACAACCUGAAAAGGCAGCGUCAACGCCUUCGCCAAGGCCAUGGACUGCGACACAGAAUUCACAGGCCGGGCGGCAGGAUUCAUACAACCAGGAAUCAUACGUGUUCGACGAUGCCUCGCCUGUAGCACCAUCGGAACAGAGCAGCUAUCCACCCCAAGGUUCAAGUCAACAAGGCGGUUCCGCUUGGGACAGGAUUCGGGGCCAAGCACAAGCCGCACGCGGCCAGCCGGGCUCCUGGGCAAAGAAGCGCCAGGAUGAGAUGACCUCCCGGGGUGCCCAAGAUGGAACAUCCUACACCUAUCCAACAGAGGCUGAAGAGAAAGUGUACGCAGCGAAACAGGCUCAGAAGGAGUUCGACGAAAUGCUUGAGAGAGAGCGGCGAGGCCAAGGCCGUUAAGGCGGCGUACGUAGCGAUAGUACCUCAUCAUCAUGUGAGCCACUGUCAUGUGAAUUCAUAUCGUAUGCCCUGUACUUCGAGCAUCGUGAUUUCUAAUGACAUGGUGCUGGCUGCCGUAUUCUGGUCCGGUCAGAGAUAAUUGACUGUUGGUAGUCACUCUUGAAUUAAUGGCACUUGGG